AGAGAGAGAGAGAGAGAAGGGGGGGAUAGGAGGGCUUAAUGCCCCAAAAGUAGCUAGGGAAAACACCAAAGCGACACAAUUCUUCUGCCAGAGCAGCUUUCAUCUCACCAGGACACUACACCAUCAGGGGGGUCUUACCCUCACACUCAAGAAAAUGACACUCGGUUACAAUACAUCAGAUCACAAUGAAACCCCAUGGUUCUAUGAAUGUAACCUCCAGCUGGACCGGGAAUCUCGGCGCAUCGCGCUGUUCCUGCUCUACCUGUUCCUGUUCAUGGUUGGUUUGAUCGAGAACUGCCUGGUGGUUUGGGUAAACUGGCGCCGGCGACACUCGGCCAGCGGUGUGCUCUUCUGUGUUAUCAACAUCAGUCUGUCUGACCUGAUGGUGGUUUUCACCAUGCCUUUCUUCAUGCUGGAGGUCACCAUGGACAGGGUUUGGAUUUGGGGAAGAUUUUUGUGCAAGGUUACGCAUCUCAUCUACGUCAUCAACUUCUACAGCAGCUCCUUCUUCCUGGCCUUCAUGACUCUGGAAAGGUACCUUACCUUAACACGGCCGACCACGCCUGCCUGCUUUCCACUGCAGCCCAGGCACCGGAGAUGGCUGCUUUGUGCUGGAUUGUGGCUUCUGUCCUUGGUGCUGGCACUGCUAGAAAACGUACACGUGGACCUGCUUGAGUGGGACGAACCUGGCUGCUACAUGAUGCCUGAGAUGAACUACACAGAAUGGUUUGUCUCAGUUAGCUUCUUCUGCCUCAUUUUCCAGUUUUUGGGGCCUGCAUCCGUCAUCAUCACCUGUAACGUACUGAUCGGGCGGAUAGUGCGCGCCUCUCCGGACGUGCAGAACCCGAGGGAAAUCUGGCUCUUGCAUGUGUAUUCGCUCGUCUUCGUGACCUGCUGGCUCCCCUACCAUAUUGUGAUGUUCCUGAUGAUGGUGGAUGAUCUCAAUCCGCAUCUGCUGUCCUGCAACACUGUAGAUAUACUGUACUUCUCUUUCAGCGUUGUACAGUGCAUCUCGCUUUUUCAUUGUAUCGCCAACCCCAUCCUCUAUAACUUCCUGAGCAAGGGCUUUCGCGCCAAUCUUGUCAACGAUAUUCUUUCCCGUAUUUCCUCAGCACCUGCCAACAUUGCAGCCAGUGCAGCAGACGGUGCAGGGAAAGUGUCACAAAAGGAGCGAAAGAUCAGCAAUGCCAGCACCAGUCACUCAGAGAUAGAAUCCUAAGAAGGGAGGUCUCCGAUAUGUUGCAUCGAGGUCUCCUGAGAGACAUGAGGGAGCAGUUCGUAUUUGUGCUACUGUGAUUAAAGGUUUCCAUCGAAAUACGUUU